AUGUGCCUCGCAAGAAUUGACACUGCAAACGGUUCCUAUCAAUGUACAUCAUCGUUCGAAAAGAAGGUAUUCAUUCCUGUUAUCGUCUGGUUAAGUGACAUCAUGCCCGUUUGUCGAAAUCGUGGCCAGUUUCUAGAGUUAUUAUCAUGGGAUAAUCGCGGACACCCUCACUCUAUCAUCGUUGACAUGCGAUUCAGUAACUCUGCCCUUGCGAGUGCUGUUAACGCCGCUAAAAUGCAAAGUAUCCAGAAGAGCUGUGAGAUUUGCGGCAUCUUUGACAAACUUUUCGUUGAGAAAGAUGUAAAACGCAAUUUGAGUAGAGAACGAGCCAUUGAGAAACGGUGCGCGGUACACACGCCGUUACUAAACUGGGUAGAGAAUAAGUAUGUCGAGCGCAAUCAACUUGAGAGGGAAGUUGGCUAUAAAUCGCGCAACUAUGAAGCAUCUGGGUUUCAUUUUGCGCGAAAGAAAGGCGACAUCCCUUCAGUCGCUGUGACUGACUACAAAGGACGACCACAAGGCCCGUUUCAAAUCAUCCAACAUCAAUUAAAGACACAAGACAAUACUCAACUGGAUGAUCAUACGAGUACGAUGAACCCAGACUGGAUCGACCUUGGUAUAGCGAGAUCAUGGAUGGACAAGUGCAUUGCAGAGCAUGGAUCAGAAUGCCAGGGUACUCUGAACCUGCAGACAGUCUCACCUGCGUGGCUUAUCGACACUCAAAAGGAUUGUUUGGUACCAGGCACGACCAGUAAGGAAUAUAUUGCUUUGAGCUACAGAUGGGGCCCAUCAGCAGCUCCGCAAAUGGACAAUGAAACCUUCAAACAGAUGGGAGUCCCUGGUGGCCUUUCAAAACAACGGUCCUUUCUCACACCCACGGUCCGAGACGCGAUUCACACCGUCCGUGAACUUGGCGAGAGAUAUUUGUGGGUAGAUGCUAUAUGCCUUCCGCCCGAUGAUAUAGAACAGGUAUCCGAGCAGCUGCAGCUCAUGGGAUCCAUCUAUGCUUCCGCAAAGCUCACCAUUGUUGCGCUUGACGGUGAUGCAAACACUGGCUUCCAAGGUCUUGAAGGCCAAUCAUCACCGAGGAAACUGUCAAAUUUGUUCCAUUGGAGGAAGGAUACGAACCUACUGUUGAGAGAUCAGCCUAAGCUCUCGGCUAUGGACGUGCAAGCAUCAGAAUACUUUACACGGGGAUGGACGUAUCAGGAAUACAUGCUGUCACAGCGACGAUUAAUCUUUGGCAAUCAGCAAAUCCACUGGAAAUGCUCUUGUGCAGAAUGGCACGAAGAUCUCCCUACUCUACAGGAAGAACAAAGAGGAAAGUCUGUCCGACCCAAGUCAUUGGGAUUUCCCAACAUCAAGCGGGGAUUAUCGGAUGUCCGAGAGUUCGGUAUAUUGAUCAACGAGUACAAUGCCCGGCAGCUCAAAUAUCCUGAAGACGCAUACCCAGCUGCGGAUGGUCUCCUGAACUAUCUAGGAAAGCUUGCGUUUCCGGGAGGGUUUUUGUUUGGUCUACCCAGAAUAUACUUUGGCAUUGCACUAAUGUGGUCUAUUGAGUUUGGAAUGGCCAAUCCCAAUAGACCUCAAAGACCUGGUCUGGCUCGAAGGAUGCCCUCCGAAAGAAGCCAUUCCAUUCUACCAAACACACAUCUCCCAUCAUGGUCCUGGGUGGGAUGGAGUGGAUAUGGUGUUCAUAUGCUCGAUAGAGAGGCCCAAUUUCGAUGGGCGGACUUGUUGCUUGCCGAGACCGGCUGGAGUCCUGUUCAACUCAUCAAGACUUCCAGCGUCACUAUUCCAAUCACCGAGUGGUUCAGCCAUAGCUCCAAAGGCUUCAACAUUACACAAGCCCUACCACAUUCUGCUACGGUAUAUGAAGAGGGUUCAGAGAUUUCUUACGACAAAAGUGUAUGGACUCGGAAGGAGUUUGAUCCUGUCCAGCAUGGUAUAAAGGCUGAAGGCUUCAACCCGCCUUUCGGAUUCAGUGGGAAACAUAUUUACGAACACAUCAACCUUCCUAGUAAAUAUUUCUGGUGGCCUCUCCCGCCUUCAAGCUCAACACCCCUGGAUGAACCAGACAACACCAGCUAUAGCCCUCUCAUUUCCUGUCAAGCAAAGCGUGCUUGGUUUGGGGCUGCUAAAAUGGUCCGCUGGAGCCGAGACGUCAACAUGGAUGCCCACCUACGCUUGCUAGACAAGAAAGGGAAACUAUGUGGAUGGCUCCAACUUCCGAACGAUGACGAAAUAGACAGGUUUCCAGAGCCAGUGGUUGAAGAGGGAAUGGGCAAGCAUGUUGAUACGUUAGGGUUAGAAGGAGUCUUUCUCAACCCAUCGCCUGCGCGGGCACAGUCGCUGGAACUGGUUGCCAUUUGCCGAUGCAAGUUUGCCGACAUCGAAACAAUCGACGACAAGAUACAGUACAAAGAGUUCUAUGGUGUGCUUUGGGUCGAGUGGGUUGAUGGUAUUGCCUAUAGGAAGGGAUGCGGAUAUGUGAAGAAAGAGCUUUGGGAAGAGCAGGAUCUUGAGGAUGUUCAUUUGAUACUUGGGUGA